AAAAUGACCUCUGAGGAAAUGGCAGCUUCUGUACUUGUGUCUGUGGCACAGGGUAAAGUGAUACCUGCUCAGUCAGCUGGAGAUGGAAAUAGUGAAAAUGCUUUGGACACCAAUGUUAUAAAAAGACAUAUUGCUAAUCAAGGAAGGCAGACUACACAUACUUUCUCAUACUUACACAGACUUAAAGAAGAACAUCUUCAGGGCUCGCUGCCCAAAAUUUUCUCUUUGGCAAAUGGAGAAGAAAUUACUGAUAACAGGAAUAAUGAAAACUUCUGGGAGAAAAACACAUGCAUCCCUGGUUCAGUGGAGUUUCUGAACAUGAAUUGCAACAUUAUAAAGAAAAAAUGCAAGAGCAGUGUUCCGCAUAACCAGUUACAUAAAUCAUGUGAUUCUUUAGCAGAAGAACACACAUGCUUGGAAACUGGAAUUUCUACUUCACAGGAAAGGACCAUGUUUGCUGAAAUUCAGUUGAAGAUGGAUGGACCUUCAGUAGAGAUGAAGUCAUUAAGAAACCAGUCAGCGGUAAAUAAAAGUGGCACCGAUGAUGCUGAUAAUGUAGCAGUGUUUCACUUUCGCUAUGCUAGUGAAAGAAAUAUAUCAAAAGCUUUGUGCACACUACACAACAGCUUCAUUUUGGGUGACUGUUUACAGCAUGUAAAUGUUGGUAAUGAACACACCAGCGAUUCAACAGCCUGCACUUGUAAAUUAAUGGAAUUGACAAAUAAUUGUGACAAUAAAUAUGGACAACAGUUGUGUGAUAACUGUGACACUUUAAGGGACAAGUAUUUAUGUGUCGAAAGAGCAGCACGAAAGGUUAAAGUGGCAUGCUCAAGUCACAGCUUCUAUGGUGGUAAUUUUACUGGAAAAAUGUCCUCAAAGCCCUUUCUGAGCCAUUUUGAAGAUUGCAGUGAUAACUGUGAAGAAGGGAUGGAGGAGGAGUUUUAUAGAAACAAAAAGGAACGUUCCACUUUACUAAUCAGACGUUUUUGUAAAAAUGAUAAGGAGGUUAAAAAAUCAGUUUAUACUGGAACCAGGGCAAUUGUUAGGACUUUACCUUCAGGUCAUAUUGGAGAUGUUGCUUGGGAUUAUGUGGAGCAGAGGAGAAACAAGAGUCUGCUUCCCAGAGGUAGAGGUUUGGAGGAAAGGCCAGUAGUUAGCAGCCGACAGCAGCAGGCCCAAUGCCUCUGGCGUUACCAAUGGCGGCGGAUCUACAAUGCAGUGAAGGAGGAAGAGGCGGCGGAAGAUACUUUUGAAUAUUGUCUCCAUCCUCUGAGAGAGCUUCCGACGCUAAAUGCAGAUCGCAGAUGCAAAAAUGUCUCUUUUGUAAAACCAUGUGUAGAAAGUGCUUGCUCUGAAUACCGUGCCACUUUACAAAGGACGUCACUCUCUAACUUUAUCACUGGUGCUCUGCUAGAAGCAACUACAUCACUGGGAGCAAGAAGUGGUCUUCUAAACAUCUUUGGAGGGUCAACUGGAAGAACGAUGCUGAAAGAACGUCAACCGUGCACAUCUAUGGCUGGUUCAAAUGUGCUCCCCUCCAGUGUAGCUGGUAUCAGUAAAGAGCUAGUAGAACUUCAGCACCUCAUUCAGUUCCCAGAGGAGGUUGCUAGUAUUCUGACUGAACAGGAACAGGAUCUCUACCGAAAGAUCUUGCCCAUUGACUACCUCUGCUUCUUAACCAGGGAUUUGGGUAAUGCUGAAUGUCAGAGCAAACUUCCAUGCAUUAAAGCUUCCAUAUCUGCGACUAUUCUUUCCUCCCAAAAUGGUGAACACAAUGUUAUUGAAGAUCUCGUGACAAGAUUUAAUGAGGUGAGCUCUUGGGUUACAUGGUUGAUCCUUACUGCCGGUUCUAUGGAGGAGAAACGAGAAGUCUUCUCAUAUUUAGUACAUGUGGCAAAAUGCUGCUGGAACAUGGGAAACUACAAUGCUGUAAUGGAAUUCUUGGCAGGGCUUAGGUCUAGAAAAGUUUUAAAAAUGUGGCAGUUCAUGGAUCAAUCUGAUAUUGAAACCAUGCGAAGUCUGAAGGAUGCUAUGGCACAACAUGAAUCAUCCUCUGAAUAUCGGAAAGUGGUAAAUCGUGCUCUGAAUAUUCCAGGCUGUAAAGUAGUUCCUUUCUGUGGUGUAUUUUUAAAGGAGCUUUGUGAAGUUCUAGAUGGAGCAGCAAGCCUCAUCAGACUUUGCCCACAGUAUAAUUCCCAGGAUGAAACAUUAGAGUUUGUUUCAGAUUACAAUGGGCAAGAUAAUUUCUUGCAACGAGUAGGCCAAGAUGGUUUAAAUAAUACGGAAAAAGAAUCAACAGCAAACAGUAUCUUUCAAACCAUUCGGAGUUGUAACCGCAGUUUGGAAUCUGAAGAAGUUGAAGACAAUUUUAGUGAAGGAGGCAAUUCAAGAAAAAACUCUUUGAAGGAUAGAAACCGAUACCAGUUUAUAAUUGGAGAUCUCUCAGAUUCAGAAAGUGACAUAUCUGAGCAGUCAAAAGAGUGGGACACAAAUACAACUGAAGAGCAGCAAAAGGCAUACAGUCAUGGAAUAGAACUCAUUCCCUGGUAUGUGUUAUCAAUCAGAGCUGAUGUCCAUCAGUUCAUGCUACAAGGGGCAACUGUCAUACAUUAUGACCAGGAGAUGCAUCUCUCAGCACGCUGUUUUCUUCAGCUUCAACCUGACAAUAGUACUUUGACAUGGAUAAAACCCACCACAGCUUGCCCUGCAAAUACUAAAGUAAAACUGGGUGUGCUAGGUAGCACUGCUGAGCUUGGUAAAUUUCAGUUUCUUGGCAGUACUGGAUUGAAUGGACUGGUGGACGGUUUCUUGGAUUUGUUUUCAGCAAAGGCUGUGUACAUGGGGCACCCUGGCAUUGAUAUGCACACUGUGUGUGUUCAAAAUAAACUUUGUAGUAUGUCCCUUGAAGAGAAUGGAGUAACACUACUAUAUGGACUUCAAACUACUGAUAAUAAGUUGCUGCACUUUGUGGCUCCAAAAUAUACUGCCAAAAUGCUGUAUGAUGGAUUGCUGGAAUUAACAAAAGCUGUAAGAAAAAUGAGGAAAUUUCCUGAUCAGAGAUUGCAGUGGCUACGGAAACAGUAUGUCUGCCUUUAUCAGGAGGAUGGCAGGUUUGAAGGCCCAACUUUGGCUCAGGCUGUUGAACUGUUUGGAGGCAGACGCUGGAGUGCAAGGAACACAAGCACAGGGGCCCUGACCAGAAGCACUGAGAAACCCAGUGUGCAGAGAAACAACACUCUGGGAAUAAGCACAGCCAAGAAAAAGAAGAAAGUACUCAUGAGGGGUGAAAGUGGAGAUGCUACUGAUGAUGAGAUGGCAACUCGUAAGACAAAAAGUUAUAAAGAAUAUCGUAAUAGAAGUGGUUCUGAUCCUCAAGACAUUGAUGAACAAGAAGAAUCAGAUCAGAAUAUUGUGAUCAACGCCUCUGCCUCUAACACUCUGCCAUCUAGAAGAGCUCAUUCUCUGACUGCAUCUGGAUCUCCUAGCUUAGCACCUGGGGCAUCUGCACCAAUCAGACCAGUCUCCUCUCCUGUAAUGUCAUCUUCAAGCAAGAGUCAGGCUAGUACUUGGAGCAGCAGUAGCUGGCAUGGCCGAGUCAAAGGAGGAUUGAAGGGGUUUCAGACCUUUAUGGUUUCCGAUAGUAAUAUGAGUUUUGUUGAGUUUGUAGAGCUCUUCAAGUCUUUCAGUGUUCGAAGCCGCAAGGAUCUUAAAGACCUCUUUGAUGUCUAUGCUGUACCCUGCAAUCGAUCAGGUUCUGAUUCUACUCCACUUUAUACUAAUCUGAAAAUUGAUGAGAACACCAGUGGACUCCAACCUGAUUUAGAUUUAUUGACCAGGAAUGUAUCAGAUCUGGGUUUGUUCAUUAAUAGUAGACAGCAACUAUCAGAAAACCAGAGACAGAUAUCUGAUGCCAUUGCUGCUGCUAGCAUUGUAACUAAUGGUACUGGAGUAGAAAGCACAUCACUGGGAAUAUUUGGAGUGGGCAUCCAGCAACUCAAUGACUUCUUAGUGAAUUGCCAAGGUGAACACUUCACCUACGAUGAAAUCCUCAGUAUUAUCCAGAAAUUUGAACCCAGCGUCCAUAUGUGCCAGCAGGGGCUACUGUCAUUUGAAGGAUUUGCAAGGUUUUUGAUGGACAAAGACAAUUUUGCCUCAAAAAAUGAUGAGUCACAAGAGAAUAUUGAAGAGUUACAACUACCGCUGUCAUAUUAUUACAUUGAGUCUUCACACAAUACAUACCUCACAGGCCAUCAGCUUAAAGGAGAAUCAUCAGUAGAACUUUACAGCCAGGUUCUCUUACAAGGCUGUAGGAGUGUGGAAUUAGACUGCUGGGAUGGUGAUGAUGGGAUGCCUAUCAUUUAUCAUGGACAUACACUCACUACUAAGAUCCCUUUUAAGGAUGUAGUUGAAGCUAUUGAUCGCAGUGCCUUUAUCACCUCUGAUAUGCCAAUCAUCAUAUCUAUAGAGAACCACUGUUCAUUGCCUCAGCAACGCAAGAUGGCUGAAAUUUUUAAGAAUGUAUUUGGAGAUAAGCUGGUAACUAAGUUUUUAUUUGAGAGUGACUUCUCUGAUGAUCCAAUGCUCCCUUCACCGGACCAACUGAGAAGAAAAGUGCUGCUGAAAAACAAAAAACUCAAAGCCCAUCAAACUCCAGUGGAUAUUUUAAAACAAAAGGCUCACCAACUGGCAUACAUGCAAGCCCAGGCCAGUAAUGGUGGCAAUGCUGGUAACCCCACCACUAAUAAUGAAGAGGAGGAGGAUGAAGAGGAUGAAUAUGACUAUGACUAUGAAUCUCUCUCUGAUGAUAACAUUCUGGAAGACCGACCUGAGACUAAAUCAUCCAGUGAUAAACUGCAAUUUGAAUAUAAUGAAGAAACUGCCAAGAGAAUAAAGAAGACUGAUUGCAUUACUUAUAACAAUAAAGGAAAGGUUUAUGACAUGGAACUGGGUGAAGAAUUUUAUCUUCCACAAAAUAAGAAGGAAAGUAGACAGAUAGCACCAGAGCUCUCAGAUCUUGUCAUCUAUUGCCAAGCUGUGAAAUUCCCUGGCCUGUCAACGCUAAACCCAUCUGGCUCUAGCAGAGGAAAGGAAAGAAAAAGCAGGAAGUCCAUUUUUGGCAACAAUCCGGGCAGACUAAGCCCUGGGGAGCCAGCAACACUUGCCAAAGCAUCUGGAAAAGGUCCUUUGGAGGGUGCCCGGCAAACCUGGGAAGAACUUUGUUCUCCUCCUUUCAACCCUACAACUUCUCUCAGUGCUAUCAUAAGGACACCUAAAUGUUAUCAUAUCUCUUCACUGAAUGAGAAUGCUGCCAAACGUCUGUGCAGACGGUAUUCUCAGAAACUGAUUGAGCAUACCACCUGUCAGCUAUUGAGAACAUAUCCUGCUGCCACACGCAUUGACUCUUCAAACCCCCAUCCCCUUAUAUUCUGGCUCCAUGGAAUACAGCUUGUGGCAGUUAACUAUCAAACUGAUGAUCUCCCUCUGCAUCUUAAUGCAGCGAUGUUUGAGGCGAAUGGUGGCUGUGGGUGUGUUUUGAAACCCCCUGUUCUGUGGGACAAGAACUGUCCAAUGUACCAGCAAUUUUCUCCAUUAGACCGAGAUCUGUAUAAUAUAGAGCCAGCUAUAUAUUCUUUAACAAUUGUGUCUGGACAAAAUGUUUGUCCUAGCAACAGCACAGGAAGUCCAUGCAUUGAAGUUGAUGUACUUGGCAUGUCUUUGGAUAGCUGCCAUUUCCGCACAAAACCCAUUCAUCGCAAUACUCUCAACCCCAUGUGGAAUGAACAGUUUCUCUACCGGGUUCACUUUGAGGAUCUGGUCUUUCUUAGAUUUGCAGUUGUUGAAAACAACAGCUCAGCUAUAACCGCUCAAAGAAUCAUUCCACUAAAGGCUCUAAAAAGAGGGUAUAGACAUCUCCAGCUACGAAACCAACAUAAUGAAGCCUUAGAAAUCUCAAGCUUAUUCAUAAACAGUCGGAGGAUGGAAGAAAAUCCCUCUGGGAACGUUGUGCCUACUUCUUUGUUGUUUAGCACAGAAGAGAAGAGAACUUCAACAUUGUACAAGGUCACAAUACAUGGAAUUCCAGGCCCUGAACCCUUUACUGUUUUUACUAUAAGUGAAGGGACUACAGCAGCACAGCUUCUUCAUCAAAUUUUGGCUACCACAAAAAGCACUGAAUCACGUGCUCCAGAUUAUUUUCUGAUGGAGGAAAAAUGUUUUAUAUCUAAAGAAAAGACUGAGUGCAGGAAACCACCAUUCCAGAGAGUGAUUGGCCCUGAGGAAGGGCUAGUACAGCUUUUGAACAGCUGGUUCCCAGAAGAAGGAUAUGUUGGAAGGAUUAUCUUUAAAACCCAAGAGGAAAAUUUGAAUGGGAGAAACAUUUUUCAAGAAGAGAAAGAAGAUGCAAACAUUAGCUCUGAAGACGAUAGUUUCUUUGUUCAAGUGCAUGAUGUUUCCCCAGAGCAGCCUCGCACUGUCAUCAAAGCUCCCCGCUUUAGCACAGCACAGGAUGUAAUACAACAGACUCUUUGCAAAGCCAAGUAUUCCUACAGCAUUCUGAGUAAUCCCAACCCAAAUGACUAUGUCCUCUUGGAGGAGGUGACGAAAGAGCUAGCAAACAAAAAGUCAACAUCUAAGCCAUCACAGAGAAUUCUCUCUGACCAAGAGUGUGUGUUUCAGGCACAGAGCAAGUGGAAGGGAGCAGGGAAGUUUAUCCUUAAACUUAAAGAACAGGUUCACGCAGCACGAGAUGAUAAAAGAAAAGGCAUUUCAUUUGCCAGUGAACUUAAGAAAUUAACCAAGUCAAGUAAACAGUAUCGUGGCUUCACAUCAUCACCUUUGCAGAGCUCACCAGACAAUACCCAGACUAAAGAUGAAAAAUCUGCAGGCAGUUUGACAUUUAGUGACAAUAUGGAAUAACAUCCAUAAAUGCCAGCAGUAUGUUCUAUGCAGGUGACUUUAAAGGCCCUAAAAUGGCAAAGGCAAAAAGCCCUUCUGAGGCUGACAAAAACAGAGGGAGAUAGAGGAAAUAUGACAAUCUUUCUCCACAUAGCCUUGCAUUUACUUGAUAACUGGAACCAACAUCACGGAUUCCUGAUUUAAGAUAUCUUUCUGCAUUCUCCAUGAAGGAAACUGCUGAGGCCUAAACUAUUCAGCACUAGCUUGGCCUAUUCCACACUGUGCUUCUUGGUGACAGAUACAGAUCUAGUAAUGCUGAGUGGGAUAUUACAGUUUCUAAUGUUUGGAAAGAUGCUUGCCAGCAUUUGAAAGAGAGAUUCCUUUCUUCCCAAAUAUCUUCAU